AUGUCCUCCCGCCAUAUGCACACUCCCCGCCAACCAGAGCGAGACAUUCGUCUCCACGAACCGCACCUCUCCCAUUCUCUCCCUCCUCCUCCUCAUGCCCACCCACACCCGCCACAAAUGAACGGCAACGGCAUCCCCACCCCAAGCCCUCACACUGGUCCCUCAAGACCGCCCGCACUCGCCUCGCAACACUCGUCUGCAGCCCCGCCAGGUUCCGCCAACGGCGAGGACAAGCCUUCGCCCGUUCAGAUUCUCAACCAAGCCAACGAGCAAACAUGGCUUAUGAUUGGUCGGGUCGCCGAGCAGAUGGGAAACUUGGAGCACGCGCUGUCGGCGUAUGAGAACGCGCUCCGUCACAACAUCCAUUCUCUGCCCGGCCUCACGCAGGUCGCAGGGAUCGCGCGGAUCAAGGAAAACUAUCCAAAGGCCGUCGAAUACUUCCAGGCGGCCCUGCAGGUGCAGGGUGACAACGGCGAAGUCUGGUCCGCCCUCGGGCACUGCUAUCUGAUGCAAGACGACCUUCAGAAAGCGUAUGCGGCAUACCAGCAGGCGUUGUAUUUCCUGUCGAACCCUAAGGAGGAUCCGAAGCUGUGGUAUGGCAUCGGUAUCUUGUACGACCGAUAUGGCUCCCUCGACCACGCCGAAGAGGCGUUCUCGUCCGUCCUUAAGAUGGACAAAGAUUUUGAUAAGGCGAACGAGAUCCUGUUCCGCCUCGGCAUCAUCUACAAACAGCAGCAGAAGUAUCAAGAGAGUCUAGAGUGCUUCGAUCGCAUCCUCCGGAAUCCCCCAAGCCCACUCGCCCAUGCCGACAUCUGGUUCCAGAUCGGACACGUGUUUGAGCAGCAGCGUGAUCAUGUUCGCGCCCGCGACGCCUACGAGCGUGUGGUGCAGGAGAACCCCAACCACGCCAAGGUGCUCCAACAGCUCGGCUGGCUGUACCACCAGGACGGAUCUUCGUUCCAGAACCAGGAGCUCGCCAUCCAGUACUUGACGAAGAGCUUAGAGGCUGAGCCUGGUGACGCGCAGAGCUGGUACCUUCUUGGCCGCGCCUACAUGGCGGGUCAGAAGUACAACAAGGCGUACGAAGCGUAUCAGCAAGCGGUCUACCGCGACGGCCGCAACCCUACGUUCUGGUGUUCUAUCGGCGUCCUCUACUUCCAGAUAAACCAGUACCGCGACGCGCUCGACGCCUAUUCCCGCGCCAUCCGCAUCAACCCUUACAUUUCCGAAGUGUGGUUCGAUCUCGGAAGCCUUUACGAGAGUUGCAACAACCAGAUAUCUGACGCCAUCGAUGCGUACGCGCGCGCCGCGGAGCUUGACCCCAACAACCAAGCCAUCGGGACACGCCUCCAGCUUCUGAAAAACGCCCAAGCCACCGGGCAAGCUCUUCCGGCGGCGCCAGGUCCUCAGGACGUCCACCCCACCGCCUACGCAAACCCUCUAGUGCAGCCACACGGUCUCAGUGGACCGCCACUUAUGCUCCAGGGCGGUGGCGGCGCGCGCCCUCUCUUCCCCACCGAUGCCCGCGCGCUUUCGGACCUCCCCCUUCCGGUCCCCCCUCAGGCCGCUGGGCGCAACUCUCCCGGGCCGUUCCGCGGCGGCCCGCCACCUCCUGUCGUGCUUGACGAGUCGCGCCACCCUCAAGGACACGUGCUUGCGCCCAUGGAGGACAGGCCGCCUAUCCACGGCCGCGAGCAGCCGACACCCUUCCCGCCUCCUCGCGACAUGGGUCCCCGCGGGGAGCGCAGCCUCCUCCUCCACCCCUCCCCUCACCCGCAAGGCCCGCCUGAGCCGCAGCGCCACCCCGGCCACCCGCACGACUUCCACCCCAUGCGCGUAACGUCGACAUCCGCGUCGCCCCCUCCGCACGCCCGCCCUCGCUCCGUCGCCGGCGGCCACCCGAUGCAGAGUCACUACCCCGAGCGGCCGCACCUCGGCCCUGGACAGCCUUCGAGCAGCGGACGUCGCUCGCCCCCUCCGAACUACCCCCGCGAGGAGGCGGGGUGGGGCCGCCGCCCGCCGGUCGAGGCGCCGGAGUGGGAUCGCGAACGCGGUCGCCCGCCGAUGGACCUCGGCCGCCCGCCGUCGCACGGGUACGCGCGCCCGCACUCGCCUCCGCAACACCGCAACAGCUCGCGCUCGAUGCGCGACCGGAGCCCGCCGGAGAGCUCGCCACGGUCCGCGCACCCCGGCUACGCCGGCGGGGCGUACUGGGACCCGAAGGUCGUCGCGGGCGCGCCGUCGCAGUCGAGGCGGCCGUCGCCGCGCCCGACGUCGAUCCACGACAUGGCCGCGCGCGAGCCGGCCGCGCGAUACGACCCCACAAGGGACUCGAGGGAGUACGAGCGUGAGGUUGUGCUCGAGCCCCGCGCGGACCCGCGGUACGCGGCGUCGCCCGAGGCCAUGCGUCACCCCCUUGCGCAGCCACCGCCGCUGCCGCCACCCCAGCACCUCGUCGGAAACCGCGCGUCGGAGAGCCCGCACCUGGCCGCGCAGCAGGAGGGCGACAAGCGGCGCCGAGGAGGCCCGCCACCAAUCCGCGACAACACGUCGGAGAGCAACGGUUCGGUGAACGGGGAGUCGACGAAGAAGGAGCGCAAGCGGCGGCAGCCGGCCCCGCAGAAGCGUGUCAAGGAGGAAGGCGGACGACCCGAGGGCUCGUACGACGGCUCGCCGUCGUCGCAAGGCUUCCGCGCGGGUCCUGGCUCGAAGUCCAACGUCAGCCCUGAGCCCGGCAGCUCCAACGGGUCCGGAUCCGCAAGCCGCUCGGUGCAGCCGUCCCCCACCAACUCGACGCACAUGCCGCCCUCUCGCGCUCUCGACGAAGACUACGACGAGGGCAUCGCCGACGAGGGCGUCGCCGACUCCCUCCUCAACCUCUCGACGUACCGCGACCCGCGCGGUAUGGCUGCUCCCGCCGACCCCAGCCGCAUGCGUGGCAUCUCCCCCGCGCAAGCCCACCCCAACCGCCGCCGCCAGUCCGUCUCCUCACGCACGUCGCCCACGAACAACAAGCGACCGCUCAGCCCUGGCCCCGACGACCAGCACCCCGACGUCAAGCGGUCGCGCGUGAGCACGAUGGGCGCUCCCCCCGCCCGCGUCUCGCCGUCGUCGACCUCGAACGGCCGCCCGACGCCGACCCCCACGUCGCUCGCGCCCUCGCAGGGCGGGCGGAUGAGCCCGAUCCCCUUCCGCCAGCAGCCGACGUCGCACUCGCCCGACAUGCGCCAGGCCCCCAGCGGUGCGUACCCGCCCGACCCGCGCGACGCGACGUCGCCGCAGCUGCCCGUCAUGCUCCCUCCGCACCCGCGCCCCAUCGGCGCCGGGCACGGGCACGGCGGCGGCGGCAGCCUCCCGCCGAUGUCCGCGCGCACGCCGCCGUCGCACGGGGCGACGCCGGGCCCGCCUGGGGACGAGGCGCGACGGUCGAGCAGCCCGCGCGGGGGGAAGCUCGCGGGGUCGCCCGCGGGCGCGAAGGGCACGUCGUCGCCUGGGUCCGCGGCGUCGGUGUCGAGCGGCGGCCGGCCGGCCGCUUCGUCGUCGUGA